AUGCUUUAUCCAGUUAUUUCAAAAGGAACAGGAAGUGAUUAUACGGAAAAACCAUUUAUUGAAUUAAGUGUUCUUGAAUCUAAAACAGCACAAUCAAAUAUAAUGCAAUUUAAAUAUUUUAAAGUACUUAUUCAAGAAUUUUCUGUUCAAAUUGAUCAAGGUUUAAUUGUUGCCAUUCUUGCCUUUUUACAAACAGACAGCAAUGGUACACCAUUGGGAAUCAAUAUGAAUACUGAUUUAGAACAAAUUCAAAAACCACUUAAUGCUAUUAUUAAAGCACAAAUCGAGAGUCCAUCGAGUGAAACAGAAAUGUUUUUUGAUAAUAUUCAUUUAUCUCCUCCACUUAAAAUUCAUGUUAGUUUUUCAAUACAUGGAUCCAAAUCAAGCGAAGAAUUAUUAGCUGAAUAUCCAUUAGUUGGAUUUCUUUUACAAACAUUAAAUGUUGCCGAAGUACAAGAUGUUAUUUUACGCUUGGGUUAUUAUGAACGAAAUAAUGACAAAUUUACGACAAGAAAAAUAACAAAAGAAGUUACAGCUCACUAUCAAAAUCAAUUUAUGAAACAGCUUCAUGUAUUAGUACUUGGACUGAAUGUACUUGGAAAUCCACUUGGUGUUAUUCGUGGUCUUGCCGAAGGUGUUGAAUCGUUUUUUUACGAACCAUAUAAAGGUGCGGUUCAAGGUCCAAUGGAAUUCGCUGAAGGUGUAGCAACCGGUGUUCGAGUAUUAUUUGGUUCAACUGUUGGUGCUUUUUCGAAAAUAACUAGUGUAGUUGGAAAAGGUUUAGAAAAUUUAACAUUGGAUGAAGAUUAUAAAGCAUCACAUAUUCGACAUAAAGAACCAGGAGUGACAGCACCGACACAUAUUGCUAUGGGCGGAAAAAAUGUUGUUAUGGGGUUUGUUGAUGGUGUUAAAGAGGUUGUAUCAAAACCAAUAAGAGGAGCAAAACAUGGUGGAGCAUCUGGUUUCUUUAAAGAAGAAGGUGUUAUUGGUCUUGUCGCAAGACCAACAGGUGGAAUGGUUGAUUUUGCUAGUACAUCACUUGAUUUAAUCAAAAGAUAA